AUGUCCGACAGACCUCGUUCUCGGUCGCCCAGCACAGGCUCCUCGAGAAGACGAAGCCGAUCCCCCCUUCGACGUUCUGAAUCAGAAAGGGACCGCACCCGCGAUCGUCGCGACAAACCACGAGGCGGCGGCGGAGGCUUCAAGUGGAAAGACAAGCGUAGCACCACCGACGAGCGUGAAGGCGGAGGCAAGAGAUUAGAGCGUGGAUACCGCAAUCGCUCGCGCUCACCGCGCCGAGACAGGGAGAAGCCCGCCGAGCGGGAAAGCAAGGGCAAUUCGGUGGAAGACAAGUUCGGCGUCGCGGACAAGUUUGGGCCCUCGAAGGCGAAGAAUACGGCGGAGAGUACAGACAAGCCACCCGAGCGCGCGCCCGCUGCUACGGCGUCGGUACCGCAGGCUGCGAGCCAUGGGGAGCCGAUGAUUAUCGUGCAUGUUAACGACCGAUUGGGGACUAAGGCGGCGAUUCCGUGUUUGGCGUCGGAUCCGAUCAAGCUGUUCAAGGCGCAGGUUGCGGCGAGGAUUGGGAGACAACCACAUGAGAUCCUGCUGAAGAGACAAGGAGAGAGGCCGUUCAAGGACCAGUUGACGCUGGAGGAUUAUGGAGUCAGCAAUGGGGUGCAGAUUGAUUUAGAGAUUGAUACUGGGGAAUAA